UUCCCGGCCAAAAUUGAUACCGACAUAAAAUUCAAUUUUCACGACCUUCUUUAUUAAUUUGACGAUUUGGGUUGGUCACGACCCGCCGUCAGCCAUGGCUGAUCAGUGCAUCGUCUGUCUCGACCCCCUGGAGGUCGAGGUCAGCGCCGCUAUCUCAACCCCGCCAGCCCCUGCAGAAGAGCAGCUGCUAAAAGACCACCACGAACGCCUCGCCAUUGAAGAUGCCGACGCACUCGACAAGCCAAACCAAGAAAACGGACCGGAACACACCAACCACGAAAAUGUAGCCAAGAUCGAGGUUUGCGGCCACAUGCUGCACGACGCCUGUCUGCGGGAAUGGACCGAAAAGGCAAACAGCUGCCCCAUCUGCCGCCAGACAUUCCAUACCGUCACUGUUUACGACAAGGUUGGAGGCAAGAACCUGUCCACCCGUCAAGUCGAGGACAAGAAGCAGGCACCCGUGGUGCCCGACUACGAUCCCCGAGAAUGGAUGGAGGAGAUGGUAGAACAGCCAGAAGUCAGGCGCUGUCCCGUGUGCAACUCGGCUGGGGAUGAGGAGGUGCUCCUGCUUUGCGAUGGCUGCGAUGCCGCCUACCACACCCAGUGCGUCGAUCUCGACGACGUUCCGCGGGGGCCCUGGUUUUGCAUGGAGUGCGAGCACGCCCUUGGCCCGGACGUGAUGCAGCCCGUCGACAAUGUCCCCAACGGGGACGGUGGCUUCUCCGGCCGGGGCUAUUACUUCCCGCGUACCCAAGCUAGUAUGCGGCGCGCACGGCAACGAGCACGGUCCGACGAAUGGCAGGGGGCUUGGGGCAGGAUCACAGGUCGCGUCUGGGAUGCACUCGAGUUGGACCUCGACUACCAGGAUGAGGACGACUCGGCCGUGUUCGAGGGCCUGCAACGGUCUCGCCAACUACGCGAGCGGGAACGGGAAGAACACGAGCGCUGGCAACAACGCCUGAACAUCGCCGCCCGCUUGGGUGCGAGAGACGUCUUCUUGAACAACAUGGCACGGUGGGUGGAACGCCCCCAGCCCAGCCCACCGACCCGCGAGGAACGGCUUGCAUGGGGCGCCUUGGAAAAAGCCAGGGAUAUGGACUCCCGAAAGCGCAAGUCUCGCUCUGCCACGGCCGAGCCAGGCGAAGAAGAGCCGCAUCACGAACCUGAGAGAAAGUUGAAGCGGCCCCGCACCAGGCGGUUGCCACUCACGAAUGGCGAGUCAUCCUCGUCUGCGGCUCGCGAUCCCGCCUCAUCGUCAAGCCGGCAACAACCUCAACAGCAACAAGUAGUACAGCAACAGCAAGUACAACAACCACAACAGCAGGGUAGCUCAGCAUCGAGUAGUACGGCUGGUGCGGCUGGUGCGCCGCCUUCAUUUUUGUCUUCAUUGCUUAAAGAGGUGGAGAUGAGCACGCCGUCGGACGAGGAAACCUUGUUACAAAUGUUUGGGCCGAUCCCGGGUGUUAAUGACGCCCCAUCGCCUGCACAUAGCCAAGGCUCGAUCACGCCGCCACCCAACCGCGCCAGCUCUCCAGUGAUGACGCUGAGCUCACACAUCGCGCCCCUCUACGCCCCGCCGUCUUAUACCCCGACACGAGGGUUAUCGUUGGACACGGCAGAGAAAUCACGAUCGUCGUCACCACAGCGAGCAGCCCAACGAGAGGCCGCUCAGUCAUCGCCCGACAACAGCGACUCGGAGCACCGGGGCCGUAGGCAGCAUCCAUCUCGCCGACACGGCGCGCUGGAGCUCCGGCAACCGCAGCCCCGGCGGACGCACAACGGCAUCCUACCGUCCCGAUCACACAACACAUCACCCGCGCGGCCUCUGCCCUUUGAGAUGAAGGAGAACAUCAGCAAAAUCGUGCGAGGCGCGCUGAAACCGCACUGGCGCUCCAAACAGCUGACGGCGGAACAAUACGAAACCAUCAACCGCGACAUCUCCCGUAAAAUCUACGACGAGGUCAAAAACCCGGAAAUCAACGAGGAUAUGCAGCAGAGCUGGGAGAGGCUGGCGACGCAGGAGGUUGCGCGCGCGGUCGCCUCUCUGAAGGCCUAGAGAGUCGGCGAGCCUCCCUGACCUGUACUGCGGAACAACGGAACACAGCACACAUAGCAUGAUCAUGACACAGCCAUGACCGGGAUGACGGUUGACGAUGGGAUGGUUUCUUUAUCUUGAAUGGGCCCUCAGCGGCGGCGUUUCAGGGCAUCGGGGUCGGGCUGGUUUUGUUCGUUGCAAGAGAGACAAAGGGGAUCUGGAUAGGAUACCCGACGGAC